UUCAAAUACCCGCUAGCGACCGUCAGCAAGGCCCUCGACGUCCUCGGUGAUCGGCUGAUCUUUGGUUAUGAUGUCGGUUGCAAUCUCGGCGGCACUAUUACCCGCAGCUCCCUUGCUUCUCGGUUUGCCGCGUCCAAGUCCUGCGUAUGCGUGGACGCCUUCCACGGGUAUACACACAACUAUGCCUGUCAAGACAAGAACCAUCCUAGUGUCUUAGAAGGCACAGGUCUCGAGUCCUUCGGUGUACUGGAACGAAUCUUCAGCCAGUCGAACCACCUUACUCCCGUCAUCCGCUAUGCGACGGCGUUUAAUAGGCGACUGUAUAUCAAUUUGUACUUCACUCAAUGGGACGAGGAUCGGUACCUUAAUCUCGGGCCCAGUCUUUAUCGAAGUUACGUUCACACCGUCAAGGCCCUCGACUCCGAUAGCGCGGCGCUUUCGCAGGCCAAAGUUUCGCUCGGUAUCACUGAUGACGACCUCAAGACAUGGACUCUAGAGCAAAGCGAGUAUCUUAGGAGCGUCGGGCAGGAGUCCGAGUACGAUAUUCACUGCGUCACGUAUGUAGAACUGCUCCAGGAGCUUCGGACUGCCUGGGAGCAAUCGGGGCGACAUAAGGACGCGUACAUGAACUCGAUUCCCGACAACUAUACCGUCCCCUCCUCGGUCACUUUCGCCACAACGUCUGCACCUAUCAACGAUCGCGAUGCCGCAGCAUCGCAGACGCUCACCCUCGAGUCGGCUAUGCGUCACGCAAAAGAGCGAUACAACAACCUGCUCUCUGAUGUCUUGGCGUUGGAAGAGAAGAUGGGUAUCUCGAGACGAUGGCAGCCUUCUGAUGAGGAGUACAUCCGCACCGUGCAGUACGUGAGUAAACGCAAGUAUCACCGAGCGCUGAACCACCUUCAACGGCUGGUUGUGCUACGGUUACUUGAGUUACACAAACUCAAUCUCGGCCGAGCCGGUGGGUUUCUCUUUUGA